UGGAGUUGCAACAAGCAUCGUCAUCAAGCGGGGCUGGCUUACCACGAAAGACCGGUCAGAGAUCGAAGGUCUGGGACCACUUCUCCCAACCAGUGUCAAAGCAAGUCUUGUGCAAACAUUGCCAGGGCAAAUACAAAUAUACGGGUGGUACAACGAACUUGUCCAAUCAUCUGCUAACAUGCCAAAGUUACAAGGAGAAGAGGGAAAGUGAGAAAGGCAGUGAGCCGAGCGAGCGCAGCGCAGCGCAGCGGCAGCAACACGUACCACGGUUGGGACAAAGCCAAUGGAAUCGUUUGUAGUAUCGCACUCGAAGAGAACUUGUAAUUCGGCCAGGUCAACUCAGAUUCGGGGGCUCAUCGCCGACUGGGUCACUGCUGAUAUGCGUCCUCUUGGGAUAGUAAACGAUCCUGGGUUCAGGCAAUUGCUGUCCUUCGUGGAACCUUCAUUCACCGUUCCCUCACGGACGACCAUCGCAUCCAUGGUGCGUCGGCGGCACGAUGCUGCACGAAAGGAGCUUGUGACAAAAUUAGCAGGUGCUACAUCAAUUGCUAUCACAACGGAUGCGUGGACAUCGAAGGCUGUGGUCUCCUUUGUAACGUACACGAGCCACUAUGUCACGGACGACUGGAAACUGGUGUCGCACGUUCUUGAGACCAAGCGCUUCAACGGGAGUCACACAGCGGAAACCCUUGCUGCCAGCACAGAAGCAGUUCUUAGCAGAUUCAACAUUGCGCAUGACACUGUGCAGUGCUUAGUCCAUGAUGAAGCACCAAACCAGAUGGCAGCGAGCAGACUUCUUCGCAGCCAACAUCACUGGGAUUACCAAGCUUGCGCUGCCCAUCGGUUGCAAACCUGCAUCAGGCAUGCUAUAACAGCAUCAAGGCCUGUCACGAAACUGCUGGCUUCUUCCAGGCAACUUGUUGGCCACUUCAGCCACAGUGCCAAGAGCACAGAGGCGCUAAACAACAAGCAAGUAGCUAUGGCGUCAGGUAGCAAGUCUGGCACUCCUCUACGAGUCAUCCAGGAUGUUCCAACGCGAUGGAACAGCUCCUUUCUGAUGCUCCAGCGCCUGAUUCACCCGAGGCUGCCAAUCAUGGCGGUUUUGGAAGACCCCGAGCUGACCAAGAGCUCCCAUCGGCACCUGCAGUUGAAGGACCACCAGUGGAAUCUCGCCAAGGAGAUAGUGGCAGCACUGGAGGCACCAGCAAAGGCUACCACUGUUCUUGGUGGGGAAACCUACUGUACACAGACGUUGGUGGUGCCGGUGGCCAAGUCUUUGCUACGUGGUCUUCGUAUUGCGAAUGAGGAACUCUCGGCAUCGGCUGCGGAUUUCCGGAAAUCACUGGCGAUGGAAAUCAAGGUGAAGUUUUCCCUCGAUCCAUUUGACCCAAUCUCGCUGCCAUCUGUAUCUGCAGCACUGGAUCCCAGGUCACGGAGCCUCGGAUUCUUGGACAGUGACGAAGACAAGGACGAGUUGAAGUCAGAGAUUGUUCGCCGGGUGUGUGCUCAAAUCACUGCCGACAGCGAUGGGAGCAGCUCUGAUGACGAAUGUAUUCUGGAGCCACCUGCCAAGCGACCUAUGGAAGAGGACAUGUCGUUGUUCUUCGCGUGCCCUAGCGUCGAGCCAUCCACAACUUCAUCGGCAGCAUCGGAUUGUGAGGUGGAGGUAACCCAAUUCUUCACGGAGAAACAAGUAGGCUCAUCUGUGGACCCACUCGAUUGGUGGAGGACGAAUGCGGACAGGUUUCCCACCAUGGCAAGGUUGGCAAAGCGCGUGCUGUGCAUACCUGCCACCUCUGUGCCGUCGGAGCGAGUAUUUUCAGCGGCUGGCAUCAUUGUCAGCAAACUACGAGCAAGUCUAACGCACGAGAACGUUGAUGCACUCGUCUUCCUUCAUGCAAACAGUGGUCUUCAGGCAGCAAGAACUGCUGCCCCUGUGGCGGUCCAGCAGUUGAUGCCACGGCUUGAGAGGUUUGCAGAGGAAGAAGCCGAUGACUUGCCUCCUUUGCCUGACCUGUAGACAGAUAGUUGCAGCCAGUGCGUAUCAUGAUGUUCCAUCAGUUCUUUCUUUCUUUAUUCAUUUAUUUAAUUAACUUCUGAGCAGCUGGCUGUUUGAACGCGUUUAGUCUCCUCAGCGGAGCUCAGAAUCACUGAUUGUGUGUACUUCUUUUAGUUUCAAUUUAUUUGACUAGUGGCUCUUGGUUGCCUUCUAGGGUUGGCUGUUGUGAGAAUUUCACCGUCACAUAUCGAUGAUAAUAUUAUGAUUGAUAUGAUUGAUAUCACAUCUGAUAAUACUGCACAUUUGUGCCCUAUUCAAGGCUAUUGGUAUUGAGGUCGGGCGUGAAUGCGUGAACACGUGAUCCAUGUAUGUACGUAAUGUGUGUGCAUGCAGACAAGUGAACCGUGGCAUGUGGUGUGAUGCUGGAAAUGGGGAAAGUGACAGUGCAGGCAAUAGUCGUAUACUCGAAUACUCGAUCGGAAAAAAAUAGAGUACUCGUACUCGAGUUUUGCAUGCACACUUUCACCCCUAAUAAAUGGUGAAACUUUUGAAGUGCUGCUCAAUGAAAUCCGAUCAUGUGAGUGAAUGCCUGGCCGGACACUGUGCAACCCUAGACCUACGAACACUGGGAUGUGUAGUGGUGCAGGGCUACGCAGACUGGUUUCCCAGGAUCGGAUUUCAUUGAGCAGCACUGUACAAUAUGUUGUAGUCUGAGGCAAUUGCUCAUGGUCGUCAAAUAACCAGAAGUACCACUAUGUCAGACACGUUAGUUUCAAAGUACUGUUGCACUGUCGGUUGGGUUUAAUACACUCCUUAAAAAUCAACUCUUUUUUACAACCAAUAUCGAGUGGACACAGCAUCACGACAAGCUGUUCUCCAAUCCCUAAUAGCUCGCCUGCCGGAUGUUGAAAGUAACAGUCAUAAGUAAAAACAGAAGACACAAAGAAGCACCAAUGUACAAAGGUGAUGAUCUUAUUUUGAGUGAUCACCAUGAUACAUCUUGAUCAGCACGAGGCAUGAUACAUCUUUGGGAUAAUAUUAUUGAUUGCACUCACAUCUGCACGUGGAUGUGUUUGUUUGUUGCAUGUGUUGCCUAUUGCUUACUGACAAUGGUGCUGUGCUUUCUACUACAGAACUACUAACUAUGUCGGUUGAGGAUGUGGCCAACUGGCUGCGCAA